GAGAUACAUACAUUCUCCCGGAAUCAACCGGAGCAGGAGCGGUCGACCGAGAUGGGGGAUCUGGGAAAUGCCUCGUCGUCGUCGUCGUGCCGCGGCCGGAGGGGCCCGGCAGGGUUCGGGCUGGCGCUGGCCCGGCUGGUGCGGAGGCUGCGGAGGCGGAGCAAGAUGCUGCUGUGCAGUCCGGCUCCCACAGGCGGGUCGUCCCGGUGCCGCCAGUACGACCCGCUGAGCUACGCGCGCAACUUCGACGGCGACGGCUUCGGCUCGGCGCUGGACAACGAAGUCGCCGGCGGCGGCCACCUCUGCCACCACUACACCUUCGCCUCGCGCUUCGUGCUCUCCUCCUCCGACGCCCGCCAGCCGCACUAGGACGGCCGGCCCGCCGGCGAGCGAGCUGGUCGCAAGCAGGACUACUAGCGUAGCCAGAGCUACUACUCUGUUUUUGUCCGUUCUUUGUCCUCCGCGGCUUCAGCUAGAGCUGUUCUUUUCGUCCUAGCUGGUCUGCAUGUUCAUAUGUGGAGUCGAUUUCCAGGCCGGCCUCCUUGUCUCCCAAAAUUUGUGACCACUGGAGAGCUGCAGGAAAAUUAGCCAACUGGAUGAAAUGUU